AUGAUAAAAGUUAUUAUUCUAGUGCUCAUGAUAGCCGUCGGAACAUUUGCGGCUGGCGAUACGAAAAAUGGCGUCAAAGCAAAGCGAGCAUAUUCCCUAAAUUAUGCUUAUCAUCCCGUAACAUACGAUCACGACUUUAUUGCUCACGCUCCAACUCAUGUUGUUCAUCACGAACCCAUCAUAUCUCAUGCUGCCUUAGCUCAACCCAUUGUACAAGCUAUUCAUGCCCCAGUCGUUGCAAAAACUUCAGUCGUUAGUACAAGCGUCCAUCAUGUACCGUCAGCAUCAUAUAUUGCGACACAUCAUGCUCCACUUGUCUCAUCAGCUUAUGUGGCACAUCCACCAUCUUUUGUACACACAUCCCCGUUCCUUACUGAAUUUCAUAAGCGUUAAUUGA